UCCCCUCACAGAAAAGAUCAAGUCCUCCAAAGACAGACAGAGCGUUCAUCAUGCUGCUGCUCCUCUUCUUGUUCGGCCUGGCUCUGGCUGCUCCACCUACUUCAGAUGAACCUGAUUUGCUGGUACAGCAUGAAAGCUGUCCCGAGUUCUGGUUCAGCUUCAACGACCGCUGCUACAAUUACGUCGCCACUCCUAAGACCUGGAUUGAUGCAGAGCUCUACUGUGUGUCACAGAGAGCCAACCUGGUGUCCAUCCACAGCCUGGAGGAGCAGGCUUUUGUCAAAAGCCUUGUCAAAAGCCAUGACCCUACUCAGAAACCGGCCUGGAUUGGACUCAGUGACGUCCACAGCAGUGGAGGAAGCUGGUCAGAUGGCACAGCAGUCAACUUUACGUUUUGGUGUCCAGGCGAGCCAAACAAUGCCAGAGGAAUUGAGAACUGUGCACACAUGAACUGGUGCAGUCUCUUGAGAUGGAAUGACACACCAUGCAGCAACAGUUACGCUUUUGUUUGUGCAACCCGCAUUUGUUAUUAGAGAAGAUGUUGAAUCUACUCUAAACAGGGAUUGUUUAAGUACACACAUUCAUCUGUGCCUCUGUAUGUUCACAGGCAAGUCAAGCAAUGUGUAUCCUCACAAAUAUCUGCUGCUUGAAUGGUGGAUCAAAGAAAAUUCUUUAGAAUUAUUGGAAUUAUCUGUGUGCCAGGAGCUGGUAUGGGUUCAGGCUGUUCUUUAAAUCUGACUGGCCACUACUGAUACAAUAAAUUAAUGAAUAACAAAAGCUACCCAGUUCACAUUUUUUAUGAAAUAGACAUUACAGAGAGAACUAAUGCCAGUACAUUCUGUUUAGGUUGUACUAAGUGGAAACACAAAACAACACAAAAGAUGCAAUUCUUCACAGGUGAUAUUGUAAUUUUUAUUCCAAAUGACAUCUAGGCUAUAAAUUAAAGCCCCCUAGACUCAUGAUUAUACAGUCAUGGACAAAAAUAUUGGCCCCCCUGGAAUUUUUCCAGAAAAUGCACCAUUUCUCCCAGAAAUUGUUGCAAUUACAAAUGUUUUUGGUAUAGAUGUUUAUUUCCUUCAUGUG